GAAGAUUGGCAAGGUGCUAGGUGACCAGGCGCAAAUUAAGGUCCUCACCCACGAGAUGUUAGUGGAGAUCCGUGAUUUAGAUGAAAUCACAACCAAAGAGGACAUAGGUGAGGCAAUACGAACGCAAGUUAACGAGCUUAACCCAUUUAGUGAAAACGCAAUAAAAAGCGUUAGAGCGGCGUAUGCAGGCACGCAAACAGCGGUGAUAAGCCUACCAGCACUGGACGCAAGGCGACUGCUUGAGAAGCAAAAACUCAAAAUCGGCUGGGCGGUAUGCCGAAUAAGAGAAAAGCCUGACUUGAGGAGGUGCUACAGAUGCUUGGAGUAUGGACACCUAGCGAGGGCGUGUACAAACAAAGACGACAGAAGCCAGAACUGUCUCAAAUGUAGAGAAAAGGGUCACCAAGCGAAAGUAUGCGAAAAAAAGCCCUUCUGCGUAGCUUGUAAAAGGAAUGGAAGAGAAGAUACAAGCCAUCAGAUUGGAAGCAGAAAAUGUCCCCUGUAUCAAGCGGCGUGUAUUAAAACGAAAAAAUAAGGAUUGAGCAGAUCAAUCUAAACCAUUGGGAGGCUGCACAAGAGCUCCUUAAACAAAGGGUAUACGAAAAGAAACAUAAAAACCUAAAUGUCGGAACGUGGGUCUCGGACAGAAAAAGUAAAGCUGCUAUUUGGGCCUGUGGAGGAAAUACCCUGCAGGACAAAUCGCACACCGACAGUGAUUACUAUACCCGAGCAAAAAUAUGUGGCAUCUAUUUCUACAGUUGCUACGCGCCACCGAAACUGACGCAAGCAGAGUUCGAAAACCUACUGGAUGAACUUGUGCAAAACGCUCGUGGUACCACACCAAACGUGAUUGCGGGUGAUUUCAAUGCGUGGGCCUUGGAAUAGGGUAGCAGAUAUUCCAAUAAAAGGGGAGAUGCCUUGAUUAAGGCAUUCUCACUGCUUGAUGCGGUUCUGCUAAACACUGGGAGAAAAAACACUUUCGAAGUGAAUGGUCGUGCAUCAAUAAUAGACAUCACUUACGCCAGCAGGGCGCUAGUACGAACAGCAAGCUGGCAAGUGUGUGAUUUUUACACAGGCAGUGACCACCUUGCCAUUAGGGUGGACUUUUCGCAUGGAAAAGAACCCGUACAGAAAAAACAGAAUAAGGGCUGGAGGGUGGAGAUGCCUGAUGAAGAAAUGUUCCAUAUCAUGCUAGAAAAGAACCCGACUAACACCAACGAUGUGGAACUACAGGCGGAGCUGCUAGUAAAACAUGUUAGCAGAGCUUGCGAUGCCGCUAUGUGCAGGAAAAGACAGAGCGCUCACAGAAAGCCUGUAUACUGGUGGAACGAGGAGAUCAGCACCCUAAGAAGCGAAUGCAAAAAAGCAAGGCGCCUUUCCCAAAGGAGUUAUGGGUUGGCAGAACACUACAGGCUCCGCGAGAACUAUAAAAAGAAGCGGAAACAAUGAAAGAAAGCCAUUAAAAGCAGAAAGGCAGCCAGCUUUAAAGAACUGUGCCAGAAUGUGGACGAAAACCCGUGGGGUGAUGGCUACACACUCGUUUUGGCCAAGGUUAAAGGAGGCAGAGGACAUGCAACCAAGCCAGACCCAGUCCCACGCAGCAGAAAGCAGUGUCACAAUCAGUGAAUCAGAGGUGAUUUUGGCAACGGAAAGUUUCGGCAAUGCUAAGGCUCCAGGACCUGUCGGCAUUCCGAACAAGGCACUGAAGAUGGCUAUCAGUCGCAAUGCAAAGCCAUUUGCAGAACACUACACCAAGUGUAUAAAUGAAGGCAUGUUUCCAAAAGUAAGAAGCAACAACUAGUCCUACUUCAGAAACCAAAUAAGCCAGCGGGUGACCCAAGUUCUUAUCGGCCACUCUGCAUGAUAGAUACUAUGGGUAAAAUCUUGGAGAAACUAAUCUGCACGCGCCUGGAACAGCAUCUGGAGAAAGUGCCGGCUGAACUAUCCGAACAUCAGUUUGGUUUUCGAAAAGGUCGUUCAACCAUCGACGCCGUCAGGAGGGUGACAAACAUUGCAAGCAAGGCUAUUGAGGGUGACAGGUGGAUGCAUGGUGAUAAAGAAUACUGUGCAGUUGUCACUCUGGAUGCCAAGAACGCCUUCAAUUCGGCAUACUGGCCCCAUAUUAUAAAGGCUCUUGAAGGAAAAAAACGCCAGCAUACUUAGUACGGAUUAUAAACAGUUAUCUGUCGGAAAGAGUACUUCUGUACUAUACAGAUGAAGGCCCUAAGAGAUAUGCAGUGACGGGCGGAGUACCGCAGGGAUCUGUACUGGAAUGUACUAUCCUAUGGAAUGUACUACAAUAUAUGAUGGGGUACUGCAACUCCCAAUGCCGAGGCAAGUGCAAAUAAUAAGAUACGCAGACGACAUUGCGUUAACCAUAGUCGCCAAAACAAUCCCUCAGAUUCAGAGUAUCUGCAGCGAGGCCACAACGAAGGUCAAACAAUGGCUAACGGCAGUUAAACUCCAACUAGCAGGGCAAAAAACAGAAGCAGUUCUCAUUACGAGUAGAAAAAAGUUAGAAACGACCACACUAAACAUUGAUGGGCUUAACGUCACAACACAAGCGGCACUACGAUAUUUGGGUGUAAUGAUCGAUGCUGGACUAAGCUACAAGGAGCACAUUAAAAAAGCAUGCGGAAAGGCAGCCAUGGUGACGGCGGCACUGUCAAGAAUCAUGGCCAACAUCGGUGGUCCUACUCAGAGUAGAAGAGCGCUUCUGGCUAAAGUUACCCAGUCUACAAUCAUGUAUGCAGCACCCAUAUGGGGUAAAGCCCUGAUACAGAAAACAUACGCGAAGAAGGCGGAAAUAGUUUUUAGACUUUUUUCCCUUAGAGUUGCCUGUGCUUUCAGGACAGUGUCGUUUGAAGCAGUAUGGGUACGUUCGCGAUGGCAAUCAGAACAGCAGUGUUGCAAAUUUUGCAAAGUAUCACGUUCUUCUUGAAUCUGUGGCAACACUUGCAAAAGUCAAACGUUCUAUUUACUCAUCAGGCACGCAAAUAACCUCAAUAACCGGCAACACAAUUUUUGUCUGCAUGCUUAACACAAAUGCAAUGGAAAAAGAAAGCGAAAGACUGAAUACUGUCAUGAGCAAGCUACUAAUUAGAUGCCGGCUGGACAUGGAGGCCGAAUUCGCUGCCGGUAAAAAGAAAAGUUCUGUUCUCUGGGGCAAAGUCCUAGAUUCCAUGAAGGCAGUAAAUCCAGAUGUUCCUGAUAGUAAGGAAGUACUCCAGAGAAAAUUUUUUAAUUUUUUAGCAUCGUAUAAACGCAUAAAAAAGCGAAAUAAAGAAUCAGGUCGGAACGCAACCACCUGGGAGUACUUCGACGAGUUUGAUGCCAUGUACGGUUGUCGGCAUUCAGUUGAGCCGCCAGAGGAAAAUUUGCAGUCUGCCUUGGCAAGCCCAUCGGGUGAUGAAAGCGAGUGCGAUUUGGAAGAGCAGGUUGGCAGCGCAAGGAAACGUUCCAAGAAAACGGCAAAUGAGGCGAUAUCAUUUUUUAAGGAAGAAGCUAGCAAGGAACAAAAACGUCAUGAGGAUGUACUACGGUUAGAGAGGGAAAAGCUUGAGAUUGAAAAGGAGAAAAUUGGUGUGCUAAACUCUUUGCGCGACAUUUUAGCUAAGAUUAAUACACGCGUUGAACUGAGGUUGUAGUUGAAUCUUCUUUCUUCGGUAGAAAGAUGCCCAUUGUCCCUAAAUGGGACCAUUAAAUAUUUUGCUAUGGGAUAAGCUGAGUGCAAGGCAGUUAUCAGUUUCUAAACACAUUAUUAAAAUUAAAUUAUAAAUAAAGCCUUAACUUCUCAAAUUUAAUACUUACAUGCAGUGUAUCACGAGUCAUACGAAAGUGGAAAAGGAAUACGUCAGCGUCGUAUAGUUCAAUCGUGAUAAAAAAAUGUUGGACCUUUACGAUUCGUCUUCUCUUAAGAGUUUCUUCAAAAAGAAAAUUCUUUUUUUUGUUUGCCUGCCUCCUCCUUUUUUCAAAAUUUAUUAAAAAACUAUCAGCACUUUUCUCAAUCUCAUCUAUUAUUAAAUUAAUUUCCAUUUGUACUGCGAUCUGAAAUCAAAACUUUUCCUCAAAUUGAUACCUGCCACAUUACAGCAACAUAACAGCUGAGUAUCAGCAGUGUAGUGCAGAAUAAGCAACAGGGUUGUUGUAUUGCUGCAGUUAUACAUUUUCGCAAACGUACCCUAUGGGUCAUAUCGGCUAUCAUGCCACCAGAUAUAAUGACCUCUGAACUGGGCAGAGUGUACGACAAAGCCAAAAGCCUAAACAGGCGAUUAACGGUGGAAGAGCGUAAAGAAGAAAGACGGGGGAGCAUAAUUAAGUGGCAAAAUCGCUGGGACCUAGCGACAAAAGGGACAUGGACGCUUAAACUUAUCAGAAGCGUACAGGCUUGGGUUGAGAGAGGACAUGGUGACACAGAUUACUACCUCACACAGUUCCUGACGGGGCAUGGAUGCUAUAGAGAGUAUCUCCAAAGACUCGGCCACGAGGACGCAGCUGACUGCUCGUUCUGCGGCAACGGUAGUGAGAACGUGGAACAUGUGUUCUUCUCCUGCCCGAGAUACGCAUCUGAAAGAAUGUGCAUUGAAGAAAUCAUAAAAGAAAAAAUAACCCCGGGCAACAUUGUAGAUCACAUGCUGCGGUCGAAGUUGGUGUGGGCCAAGAUGAGAAAAUGGUCCGCAAAUGCGUUACAGGAACUGCGAAAAAAGGAAUGGGAACGCAGUAAAGAAAGAAAACAAAGAAAUAAUGAAGGGUAGACGGAGAGGGAAAUAUAAGUGAAGAGCCAUAAUAGCUAGCUUGGCCCUGCGAUGCAAUGCUUAAACGGCGCUACCGCAGGGCAAACUAAAGCUACAGAAGUCGGAGUUAGGGUUUAGUACGUAGGUGUACUGUUUCGCAAGUCCAGUUUAGUAUUAAUACUGACGGUGCGUGGUCCCGAAUGAGGUGCACCCUUAGCGAUCAGUAUGAGUCGUGCAUGCCAUCUAUAUUGACGGUAUCUAUGUAAGAUUCCCCUUUCGGAUAAAAAAAAAAAAAAUGUGGACUUUGCAUAAUAUGUACUUACAUGUGUUUUUUGUUUUUGUUUUUUUAUGGAGGUGGCACAAAGCAUUGAAAGCCGAAAAGUGUGAGACUUGCCUUUCGGCUCACCCACUAAAAACCCACCCCAGCUCCGUUUCCCUCCCGCGGGACAACCGUUAAGUAGUACUUCACGGAAGGGGGAGCGGCCUAUUGCCUCUUCAUGAAGAUCUGCGCUGUUGUUCAGCGCGACGCAGUUUGAAGAUUAUUAUUUUUGCCAUAUUACAUACAACGGACCAAUAUUCUUCGGACUCUAUCAUAAUAUCGACUAGGUUAUCAGCCGUAAUUGGCUUUCCCACCCUAGUGCUUAGUUCCUCCCUUUCUAACGCAAAUCGUGGACAGACAAACAAAACAUGUUCUGCGUCUUCUGCAGUUGGUGCACAAUGAGAACAGUACGGGUCGUUAAACCUGUAUAAGUAGGAUUUGAAGCACCCAUGUCCUGUCAGUAUUUGGGUCAGGUAGUAAUCUAACUGUCCAUGUUCACGGUUAAUCCAUUUGGAAAGUAUGGGAAUCAAGCGGUACGUCCAGCGUCCGUUGGGAGACGAGCUCCAUUUCUCCUGCCAUGAAAGCUGGCUACGCUCUCUUGCUAUCCUGCGUAUUGUCGCCCGGUCUGAAGUAGCUUUUUUUUGUAGAUUUCAGCAUACCCUGUCGCCAUUAGGUUGAUUGGGAGUAGACCUGCUAUAACCAUAAUGGCGUCUUCCGAUACCGUGCGAAACGCGCAGCACACUCUGAGGGCACUCAAUCGGUACACCGAUUUCAUACACUUCACAUACGAGCUGUAGUUUGUGGCUUCCGCCCAUGCUGGAGCUGCGUACAGCAAAAUCGAUGAGACCACAGUAUUAAGAAGUCUCCUGCUGUUUUGCCUAGGGCCUCUAAUAUUCAUCAUUAGUCGUGUUAGUGCAGUUACUGCUUCUGCUGCCCUGCUACUCGCGUACACCAAGUGCUCUUUGAAAUUGAGCCUAUGGUCAAUUAUUACGCCCAGGUACUUAAUGAAUGGCUUCGAUUCUAUACCAUGGUCGCCCACCAUUAUAUUAGCUGACUCCACAAUCUUCCUGCUGCUAAUUAAUACUACUUCAGUUUUAUGGUCCGCAAGAGUUAGACCACUGUUGCAUAACCAUCUCUUUACCAUGCCGACAGCCUGGUUGCAUGUUUCUUCGGCUCGACGGAGUGUUUUGGCCACGACCACAACAGCUAUGUCGUCAGCAAAUCCAAUGAUUUGCGACCCUAGAGGCAGACUGAGGCGCAAGACUCCAUCGUACAUGACGUUCCAAAGUAAGGGUCCCAGGACUGAGCUUUGUGCAACUCCGCCAGUUAUUUUGUGCUCUUUUACCCCAGCAUCGGUUUUAUAGCGCAGGGCUCUGUCGGAAAGGUAACUGGCGACAAUCCUGCGAAUGUACCUUGGAAUGUGGAAGUUAUCCAGCGCGAUCAGAAUUUUGCUCCAAUUCGCCGUAUUGAAGGCGUUCUUGACGUCUAGUGUCGCAAUUAGGCAAUACUCCUUGCUACCGUUUAGCCAUCGAGUACCUUCUAUUGCCUUCUGCGCAAUGGUCUUGACUGCAGACACAGCAGGGCUUUCCGGAAUCCAAAUUGUCGGGGUGAUAGACCGCCUACCUCCUCUAUAGCAGCCUCCAGACGGACUGCAAACAGUCGUUCCAGGAUUUUUCCUGCGGUGUCGAGCAUGCACAGGGGGCGGUAGCCUGUAGGAUCUUCCGCAGGCUUGGAUCCUUUUGGUAUUAAAACCAGUUUCUGCAACUUCCACUGGGUUGGAAAUGUACCUUCCUUUAGGCAUGUAUUGUAGAGAUCUACAAAAAUGUCGGUACGACUUUGAAUAGCAACUUUUAAGGCCUCGUUGGGGAUUCCAUCCGGUCCUGGAGCUUUAUUAUUUUUAAUCAUCGGAGUUCUUCUUUGUUGGUUAGCUGCAAAUUUUGGUCGCCUUCACAGGAUCCUACCAAUUCGUGGUAUCGUAUAGUGUCUUGGACGGGGAACAGAGUUUCUACUACAUUACGCAGUGUAGCUGGGCAUGUUGUUGGGAGUGGCUUAAACACUUUGAGUUUUUUCAUAACAAGCCUGUAACCGAGGCCCCAAGGGUCAUUAUCGGCAUCGUCGCAUAGCUGCAGGAAACACCGGCGUUUACUGUUUUUGAUUGCCUUUUUUACACACAUAUGUGUACACAUAUACAUAUGUAUGUAUCCAUACUUUAAAAAAUAAAUCUCUUUGAACAUUAAAUCGCAUGAUUAUUACACAAAUAAUCAUUUACAUAAUAUUUUUUGAUGAAUUACUAACCAGCAAAUGGAAUCAUUGAUCGGUCAUGUGGUUUGCCAUAGGAAUGUACAAUAGAGAGCUUACAGGUGGCAUAGGUAAAGUUCGAUUUCUAAAUUCUUUGAGAAGAAGACAAUUAAUUGGUGAUUAUUAUGUUCCUUUUGAUUUUCCAUUUUUCAACGAACGCCAAACGAAAACUACGCAAGCGAUCAAAAAACUUUCUUUACUGAUUGGCAGCUGAAUCGCCAACUAUCAAAUAGCAAAAUGUGUUUUACAUUUGUAUUACGUCUGCAAACCUAAAAAAUUCAACUGAAGCCAUCUAUGAGUGAAAUCCGCAAUUACUUAGUUGCCAACCCAAUAUUUUCGUAAGAUUUUUGGACACUUUAAAGGAUUUUAACGUUAGUAAUGAAACAGGUUUUUUACCCCUCGACGAAAUUUUCUAAGGCUAAUAAAAUUACCGAUGCGCAAAUUCGGAUAAAUUUACAGAUGCGCAAAGGCUUAGCGUAAAGUUAAUAUUAAAUAUCCCAAAAUUGUAUGUAGAACUUCAGCAAAUUCAAAAGCGAUUUGAUUUUGGAAGGGAAGGUAUUAAAAAUUUAAGCGUAAUUACUUGUAGGCGGCCUCGGUAGUCUAGCGUAAGUGCACUAGCCUGCCAUCCCAGAUGUUGUGGGUUCGAAUUCCACGUAAAACACGGUCCUCGCACUUUUCCAAACUUACCUACUUUCCUAGUUUCUCAUUAAAAAAAAAAUUAUAAUAAUAAUUUCAUUCCUCAACCCCAACAACCCUAUCCUUUCAAUCCUUACUCCCGCAUAAAAGUCAGCGCAUUACAUGCAUUGUGCCUUCUAAAACAAGCAGAAAAUAAAAGAAAAAGACACAGUUACAUAUUGCAACAAUGGCGCCAGCAAAAGGAAGCGACCAAUCGCGGUAAUAGCGCAGACGCACCAAAUUCAGCGAAGCCCUCAACCAUCUGCGUGAUCCUUCUGCCAGAAAAAUGUGACACACAGAUGGCGCUUCAAGCAGUAAGAAGGCGUUGAUCCUCAGCAACGACAGGUGGGCAUUCCCACUACUUAGGGCUGGUAGCUGUUGAGUCUUGUCGAGGCCCUAUGCCCCCGAGUGGAGUGAACAAGAACAAAAAAACUCCUAGUAAUUUUCUUGGCGUAAAUGAAAUUACAAUU